UCCUGCGUAUGCAUGCAUGCGACCGACGAGCUGAUUUCAUAACGUGGAGAGGAAGAGAGGAAUGGGGCUUUGAGAUCGGAUGAGCACCAGACCCGGUAGGCUCUAAAUGCACCAUCAGUGUUAUUAUCUCUAUUCCCGGGCCAUGCAGACAGUGCGUUAGAGGCGAUGCGGUAGUGCAGGCUGCUGCUGAUGCUGCUGUCCGAUCAGCUGUUAUUUUUGUCUUGAGCAUCAUCGCCGUGACGGCCAGAAAGAUCGAGAUCAAGCUCCGGGAGCCAGGGACACCACCGCAGACCGGAUAACAGAGGAUGGAGUUCAAGCAUCUGGUGGAGGCGGCGGAGAAGUGGUGCUCCGGUAACCCUUUCGACCUCAUAUUCGCCGAGGAGGACGACGAGAGGCGGCUGGACUUUUACGCAGAGCCCGGCGUCUCCUUCUACGUGCUGUGUCCCGGCGGCAACGACAGUUUCCACGUGUGGAGCGAGAGUGAGGACUGCCUUCCCUUCCUACAGUUGGCCCAGGACUACAUCUCCUCCUGCGGGAAGAAGACUCUGCUGGAGGUGCUGGAGAAAGUCUUCACGUCCUUCAGGCCUCUGCUGGGUCUGCCAGACAUAGAAGACGACAGUUUUGAGCAUUACCACGCUGACAUGGAGGGGGAACCGGGGCCCGACCACCAGCAGAUGGGGAGGAUACACGAGAGCUGGCUGAAAGACGAACGGGCGAAAACCGACGGUUUGUGGCCGAGUGAGACUACUGCAGUGACGCAGAUUAAGAGAGGGGGAGGAAGGAGGGGAGCGUUUUCUACUUCAAGCAGGGACACAAGGAGGGAACUGAGGGAUGUAUAGCUGUGACUUAGAUUCAGAUGGGGCAACUCUUAAAACUAGUUUUAAAUACAUGGUUAAAAUAGUCGCAUAGGUUCUAGCCAAAAGCAUUUUUACACCUCAUGUGGAAAUCAAAGUGUGCAGCUUUACAGUAGCAUGGAUCAUUUCUUGAGGUGUGUCUCUUAAUGUUUCUAAAGGCAGUACACCUCAAAGAGUUAAAGGCACUUAAUGAGGACGUUUUUAAAUCGAUGUUACUAUCAUAUGACCAUCACAACAAAGGCCCAUGCUGCAGCUUAAGUCCUUCCCCGGUUUGGGUGUCUCACUGUCACAUGACACCACUCUGUCCUGUAGUCUUCCUGGUUGUUGGUGGUUUCACAUUGUGCCCUUCUUUCUGAUGAGUUCCUAAAUCUAGCCACAAUCUAUUUUCUUUCGCCGUGUGUUGUUUUGAUUUUGAGGUUUCUCUUAACCAUGAAUUUAUUAAGUGCACACCCAAAUCCCUCAAUGAUAUCACAGGGGAGAUAUAAUAUGUGUUGCCAGCCACCCUCCGCCUGCCCUGUUAUUUCUAAUCUCACAGUGUGUUGUUAUAUGUCACAUCCAGCGCACUGCAAUGCUUCAGGCCCCCCCCCCACCCCGACCCGCUGCCGCCUUCAACCACUCGCUCUACAUGCAAGACUGUUUUCAGAGGUUCAUCUAUAGGCUGUUUACUUUGGCUUGUAAAUGUUUGUCCUUUUUAUUGCCUAUUUGAAUGUUUCUCAUGCAGUGUAUCUUUUGUUUGUCCUCCAAUGUGUGUGAACUUGUUCAAUAAACCCUGUGAACAGAG